AUAUUUCAUACAUUUAGGAAAGACAUGUCUGAUUCGAACUUAGAUAGUGCUAUUUAUCAGAAUUUGUAUACGGGAAUUGAAACAUCAGUUCAAACAGAAGAAAGCUGGCUUCAAGACCUGGCUGACAAAAAGCACACACAGAAGAAAGCCCAGGCAGAGAAGGAAGCUGCACUUGAAAGCCAGGCUGCUAAGUUGAGAGCAAAGUGGGUGAUUAACCCAGAAGAGUCAAAACUCAAUAUUUUAAAUGAGCUAGAGUUUCAGGAAGACUUCAUGACACUCUUUGAGCCUUCUCUAAGAACAUUACCCAGCAUCGGGCUGCCGCCCAUUCUGGCUUACAAAAAGGAGACUUCCAACUUAGACAUUAACUUCAAGGAUGAAGAGGAGGAGCAAUCGCCUGAGUGUGAAUUUUGUGGAAGCGAUCUAAAAGCGUUUCUUUCCAAUUUGGACAUUUACUCUGACUAUAGUUGCACUGAACCAAAAAAAUAUGACUGCUGUUGUCUCCGUUUCCAAAAUCUGAUUGACUACAUCUACGAGGAAAACCAGAGAGACAAAAGCCCUGAUCUUGAAUUAAUCUGCAUCGACCCUCACGCAUCUCACGGCAGUGAAGUUGAUAGACUCAAGGCAAAGGAGAAGGCCCUGCGGAGAAAACAAGAGCAACAAAUGGCCAAAAAUUUUGCAAAAAAAGCUGAAUACACAAAUUUCCCUGAAGAUCCAAAGCAUUUAAAAACAAUUUCCUAUCAACUUUCCAUGGAUGUCCCAGAAAAAAAGAGAGCUGAUGAGAGUCUAUUUGAUCUACAACUAAGCAGUAGCAUAUCCAUUGUUUGCUGUGAUUCUAAGAGUGUAUGUGGAAAGGUUGUGGAGGACGAGUUCCUGGAGAAGCGCUAUAAACAUGGGAGCAAGUUUCUGACUUCGUUUCCAGAUGGCACAAUGCAAAUAUUCUAUCCAUCUGGAAACCUAGCCAUCGUCCGAGUGCCCAACAGGAUAAAUGGUUUCACUAGUAUAGUUCAAGAAGAUAUGUCUACUAACGCCUCCAUCCUGGCAGUGUUGGACUCCUCUGGCAAAAGUUCGUGCUAUCAUCCCAAUGGAAAUGUCUGGGUGUACAUCAAUAUCUUGGGAGGUCAAUAUUCAGACCAAGCCGGCAACAGAGUGAGAGCUUGGAAUUGGUCAAGCGUCCUUGCUUCCGCAUCCUUUGUUUCAUUUAAACCUGUCUUUCUGGCCUUGAACUGUUACGUUGGAAUUCGCAUCUUAGAACAGGACAAGAUUUCUAUCACUUUUCUAGCAAUGGGCCGACAAGCAAGAAUCAAUGCUGGAACCAAAGUGAAGCUGCUGCACCCCGAGGAGAUUCCGAUCUUCCGGUACCUGAACGGAGACGACCUGCUUCUGCUGGCCAAGUUAAUAAAGAUCCGACGCCUGUUUCAUAAACUUGAAGGAUGUAUGAAUUUUCCCUCAAGCCAGGUUUUGGGAAAACUAAAGCAACCUUCCUACCUGUCUUCGCUUUCUCUAAAACUAAUUGCCCUCUGUCACAAUUCGGGCAUAAAGCGGGAGAUCAUGACGGCCAUACGAAACAUAAUCAAUGAAAAUGUUUAA